ACGUAGACUUCUGCAUUCUGUUCCUCGAGACAAAGUUUCAUGUGUCAGUACUACCCUUUGACGGAUUUGUGGGUGUUGCUGCUUGUAUCGAACUCUAGGAAACUAGCAAGUGUGAGAUGUUUGGGGGUGAAGGGAUAGGUUUUUGACCUGUGGAGUCGGAGUGCAGAGGUCUGGGUGAGCAUCGUGCGGCGGAAGGAAUUUGCUUUGUGGGGGUACUGGAACUUGCACUAGUCACACGGGGAUUGGGAAGUAAUCAAAGCAAGGGCUGAGAGCGUUGUGUGUUAUCGGGCGUGAUAGCAUUAGUAGGUGGUGGAGAAGGAGGCGAUCGAUGGCGGAGGAGAUAGAAAAGCAUGAUGGGUGGGGAAUCUUCGACCGCCUCAAGAAUUUGCCUCUUGUCACCAGCAUUGGAGAGGAUCUUGUAAGGACGCCUGUGAAGACUUCAUUGCAGACCGAAGCCAACGAGGAAGGACCGGGUUUACAAGCGAUACCUCAGCCACAAGUACCACCAGAACAGAAAGGGGACCCAUUAAUGAAUAAUAUAAUUUGUACCCUGAAUGAAUCUGGUAACGAAAGAUGAUGACUGUCCUGAGGUAUGAUGAUGUAUUCCAGAGAGGAACCUGAAACUGCGAAAGGCGAUAGGAGUUUGAGCAACCGUGAGCUUCUGAAUCAGCUCCAUGCUGUUGCUCUCGGCAUACGGGACUUCGAAGUUCUCGGCGCACAACCGCCCAAGCUGACUCAGCUUGUUGGAGAAGUGAUGGAGAAGCGAGUCCGUGCCAAGUCCAGCAAUUCUGAAAAUAGUACCAAAUCCAAAGCGAAGGAAUCAUCUGAAACCAAUCUUUUGUCACCAAAGAAAGCAACAUCGAAAGUCACAUCGAAGGCUACAUCAAGGGCAAUAUUGAAAGCAACAUCGAAGGUUAGAAAAGGAAUUAUAGUCAAUGAAUCAAAGGCCAGCGACAAACUGGCAUUCUCAGACAGGUAUCUUCAAAAGGCAUUUGGAUUGACGACUCCCAAUGCUCAAUUGUUAGAGAAGCUCAAUGCUAAUAUUCCCGUCAAGAAGUUUACCAGUGACACCACUGCGAAGAAGCCUUUCAAAGCUAAAACCCUGACGACUAAACAACCUGCGCCACGCUCUAUGGGCGAUCUAAUUAAACCUGUAAAGAAGGAAGCACCGAAGAGGGAGUUGGAAAUGGAUCCAACAGAAAGGCUGCCUACAAAGAAGAAAAUUAAAAUUGCAGCAAGGAGUGCUGCAAAGCAGAGAAUACAUGUAUUGCCUCACGAGAAGCUAGUGCUUUCAGAGGCUGCUGUUGCUGAAGUAGUGGCUGCUAAGGUGCAAAGAGAUGCAGCAGGGAUCGAGGUGAAGAAUCUCUUGGAGGAAAUUCGUGGCAUGACAAACUACAGUAUCGAUAACAUUCCUUUAGAUGUUACUGAGCGCUGGAUUGGGGUUCAUACGCAAAAGCUCAGCUCCUCAUUCAACUUUUGUAGCACCAUCAUUAGGCACACAUUUUCCUCCAUAUCUCCCAAAGUGGAUCCUGAGUGAAUAUUUUUCGUUGUAUAUUAGUUGAUAGUGUAGAUUCUUACGGCUUUCACGAUGCACUAACCGUUCAGAUAUUGCAUCCUAAAAUAGAAAACCUGAGACUUGCAUUCACCUGAUUAUUGUUAAAAGUGAUGUCCAGGUUUUAAUAUGUGGGUGUUGAAAAAUGAAUUUGAUCUCAUAGUGCUACUUUAUUGUGGAAGCAAUUAUUCCGACUGUCAUUGAAAUGUGAAAAAACAUUUCAAGGAAAUUUUUGUUCUAAAAAGGCCCAUUCCGUCGGAUCUAUAAUUUAGAGUAGAAACUAGUCAAAACUCAUCUACGAAUACAACGCUAGCCUGAAACCAGCAGACUAAAAGACUGGUUUGUGUAGAAAGAUUCGUGUUGUAUGAUCUUAAGCCCAAAGGAUCUUCUUGAUCAUUAGAGCCUUCCUUCAAAAAGGUGUCACCUUUGAUAAGAAUUUACAGUAACUAUUGCAUUUCACA